UUCUUGAGACCCUCUCUUGCUCCACAUAUUUACCUACCUCUGUAGCUAGAAACGAAGCUUUCUUGGCAACAAUGGCUGCAGGUGGAGCUUAUUUUCUUGUUGUUGUUGUUUUCUCCAUGUUGAUCAUGUCUUCCCUGGGGAAUCACAUACCUUUAUGCAGCGACUGCGAGACGCUAUGCCGUACUAACUGCACCGCGGAGGCUGAAACCUACUGCAGCAAUUACUGCAAAGAUUGCCAAGGUUGCACGCGCGGCUACUUCGACGAGUACUGCUAUCCCAAAUGUGUCAACAACUGCAACAACAGCUGCGAGAAGGAAGGCUCUUCCCUGGUGCAUCCGAGCCCUCCACCGAGACCUUUUUGCAGCGACUGCGAGCCACAAUGCCGUACCAACUGCAACGCAGUGGUUGAAAGCCGCUGCCGUGCUACAUGCAACGACAAGCUCAGCAGUCAUGAGGACUGCUGGCGUGCGGUCUUCCAGGGGUGCACCGCAGACGGUAGCUGCUGCAGUAGCAACGACACAUGCACUUGUGACUGCAACACCGUAGCUCAAGACCGUUGCAUUGGGGUCAGCGACAACGACAACUACACAGAUUGCGAAGCUUGCAAGCGUGACCAGUUCGACCAGUGCUAUUCCACCUGUAAGAACGACUGCAACAACAGCUGCAAGAAGAAAGGGUGCCGCCAUGCCUAGGAAUAACAUGUAACCGAUCGGUUUCCUUCCAUAGGAAUAACAUGGCUCGUUGUAGUCGUGUGUAGAUUUUUGUAAACGCCACGACCUGGUUUUGUGGGAUAGCACAUGAGGAACGGGUCGUGGCGCAUCACCUCUGGCGUUUUAGCUGAGGAUUUGUUUCCUGUUUAUCUUUGCUGAAUAAUGAA